AUGCGACUAAGAGUUUCCGGAAUUUUUUCCUCUAACAGAUGAAAAAUGAAGGAAUGCUAGUGGCAGAGAUGUCAUUGAAAUAAAGUGUAAUGCAUCUUGACAACCAGCUGGAAAUGAGUGGGUCUGAGAUAAUACACCUAAAUGUAGGUGGCGCUGUUUACACUACGACAAGAUCUACAUUGUGCAAAUAUCCAGAUUCUAUGUUAGGAGCAAUGUUUAGAGGAGACAUUCCAUCAAGGCUAGAUCUAAAUGGACAUUAUUUUAUAGACAGAGAUGGUGAAAUUUUCAAAUAUAUUUUGAAUUUCCUUAGAUCCUCAAAACUAAGCUUGCCAAAUGAUUUCAAAGAUUACGACUUACUGCUAAGUGAGGCAGACUUUUACCAGAUUAGUCCGUUGAUAGAAUUAGUGAUACAGACACAAGAUGAAUCAUCUCAGAAUAAAUCUCAUACUCAUUACUUAGAAAUCAUAGAGGUCAGGAUAGGGACCACUGCAACAAUGCCAUCCAAAAACUCACGAGUAAAAACAAUAAUGAUAGGUAGGAAAGAUGUCAUUUUGUCUUUACCAAUGCAGUUGAUAGGUGAGGAUGCCAUCGAACGCCUGGACAUGACCAAUGGUAUGGAUUAUGUAGAAUUAGAGUUGAACAGUGCGAACAUCAGAUUGAGGCUUGCAGAAACACUGAAAAACAGUAACUGGGAACUAGUUCAUUCUAACUUGUCAUCGUCUUCAUCUGUGAAGAGUGCCAACGGUGGGUCGUUGUGUAUAGAACAAACUUACAGAGAUCGUUGGAUGUUAAAUCUGCCAAAAAUAAAAAAGUUUGUAACAUAUAUGUAGAUCUUUUUCCAUUUCCUGAAAUUGUGAUAAAAAGAUGCUCCUUUGCUUUGCAUGUUACACAGGUAAAAAAUGAUCUGAAAAAAGGUUAAAGUGUUCAUCAGUCUAUAUUGUACAAUGUUGUACAAUAUAUCUGUCUGUCUGUGUGUCCUUACCAAACCCUAAGUCAUUACAGUACUCAUUAAUUAAGAUUUCUACGUUGUAGAAGAAAGAAUUUAAAUGGUAUGCAGACAUUGAUAUAGGUACAAUGUAUUAUGUUUGGUUUUAUUUGUUUUGUAUAUAUAUUUAGCUGUUGAUACUUUUGUUUCGAAUAUCUGAUUCAAUGUUUAAACUUUAAACCUAUAUCACAUACCCUCUAUUGCUUGUCCCAUAUAAGUUAUACCCUUUAUCACAAUUCCUUUAUGACAAACACUGUAUUAUAUAAUGCACCUUGUCACAAGCAGAUUUUAAACUCACAACAUUAGUGUAGGUCUUGGAUUGGUCGGAGCAUGCGAUGAUAAUAUACAUACUGGUAUGAUAUAGACAUGACAGGUAUAUUCCAAUCCAUUUUUUUUUCUCAGAAUUACCUCCCUUUGAAUGUUAAAUAGAUCUUCCUUAUAUGAUAAGUACAUCUUAAGAUAUAUAUUUUUAGUAAGAAACUCCAGUUCCAUGGGUAUCAGCUGAAUUUAGGAGUACAAUAUGAAGUUGAUGGGGAAUGUUUAAAUGGAAUGUCUUCAAUUUAUAGACAUAUUUUUUUGAGAGGAUAAGAAAUUUGAUUUUGAAUAAACAAGUAAAAGUAAUUUUUACAGAAUGAACAUUUUGGAUGUAUCAUGUAUGACAAAGGAGCAUUGUAAAUCUGUGUUGUGUGGUUGGAUUUGUUAAGUUUUAUUUAUUUUUUCUGUUGUGUUUGAUAGUUUGAAGUGUGUUAAGGUUUUUUACUUUUUGAAGUGGAUUUUUAUUUAUUUUGAAGUAUUGUAUUUUCAAGUACAUACACAAGUUAAUCCAAAGUUGUUAAGGAAUUUUUUAUUUCAGUAUUAUUCUCAGUAAAGAGUGAAUCAUUUUUUCCCUUGUAAGUAUUUCAUACAAUUGUGGCGGCAUAUCAAAUGUUGUCAUUGUAGAAAUUGGUCAUGAUAGUCACAUAAAGUGAGUUAAUAUAUACAUUAAUAAUGAAAAAAAAAGAAGAAAUACAAGGAAUUUCAAAGGUCUUGCAUAUUAGAUUAUACAAGAGGACACUAAGCAGUACUUGACAUAAUAAAUUUUGUAUCAACCUUGGAAUCUGUUAGCCGAGGUUAACAUCUAAUGCCACUUUAGAAAUCUCUGCUCAGCUACUUUACAUGAUUACCACUUAUCUUUAUCAUGUUUAUCUAUCACAUUCAAUAA